AUGACUUUACCAAUUUAUACAACUGUUACUGUUUCAUGCGAAGAAUCCGAAGAAGAAUUAGGACCAACUAUCGUUCAUAGUACAGGCGUUGAAAGCUAUCGUGUUCAUCCUGAAAUCAUCCGUAUUCUACAAGAAUCAUGUUCAAAUGAAAAAUUAUGCGAUCAUGAACAAGGUGUUCAGUGUACUGAUCCAGCUAAACAUAUCAUUGAAGCAUUCAGUCGUUCUGGUUUUACGGUUACCGCUACAUCAAAUGCUGGUAGUCGUAAACUAUGGAUACUAACAAAAACAAAUUAA